AUGAGAGUGACAAAGAAGGGCAGAAAAGAGGAAGCGAUGGCUACCAAACAAGACCGGGACCUUGCCGAUGGUUCUGGGCUGGCGUCUCCAGCAUUUUCGUACGACAGUUCUUCGUCUGCAUCAUUUGGCAGGCUCGGUAACUCGGAGCAGGCAGAUUCUGGGAUCGGCUCUGUUAGAACGCGCGACAGCAGCAUCGAGCUGGAGUCCUCGUUUCUGGUGAUGCCUGUGAAUCGGCCUUCGCAGAUAUCUUUAAAGGGUCCGCCUUCCUACGCUAAAAAGAUCUGGAAAAUAAACAAGUUUAAGACGGAUGAUGCCGAGAAGCAGUCGAAGAUAAUCCAGGAUGCACAGAACCUCGUUUUGAACGAUUCCUCCGCCAAGACAAACAAGCACGGGUUCAGGAAAACCAACGUCAAGCCGAAAGUCAACAAGGAGGGUACUCCGAAGGAGUUUUUAUUCGUCAACUGCACGCCGACUGCUGCUGCAGAGUCUCUCGCAGAUGAGCAUGAAAAAAAAGCUACAGCCGGGCCUCGUAGAGUCUCGCGGCUUUUCGGAGGCCGUCCACUGAAGAAGGACAAGGAGAGCAAAGAACCCGACUCGCGGCCCCAGGCAGUCAAAACCGAAGUUCAGGAGGAGGUCCCCAACGGGCUCAUGCCGUUCUCAAAUUCCGCGCCGUCGGUUUUUGUAGGCGCAGAGUCGUCAAAAAGAUCGUCCUUGCGAAAAUUUUGCAGCCGCAAACCAAAGGGUGAAGUCCACCAACCUGGCGACUCGUCGUCGGCAGCGACUCCCUCGGAAUACUCGCUGACUCCCAAGAGCGUAACGGGCAACUCAAACGCGCCGUAUACGCCAAUAACCCCAAUUCUGUCCACCAGCUCUUCUGUGACCUCGAUGGUCUCCAGUGCCACUCCGCAGCCGGAAUACUUCACUGGAUAUGGCCAAUACCCGACACCGUUUACCAUGUCGGCCACCGUGGGCGCUCGAGAUCGCUCGGACUCGGGAAACUCCAUAUAUCAGUCGCUGCAAAAUAAACAGCUACUGCAAUCGCCAAUGGUGAACACGCCAUCGCAGCACGGAGAUGACGAGUCGGGAACUACUUACGACGAACUGGUGGAGGUGUCUCCGGUCAGCACCUCUGUUACGAAGAAAAUGAAGACUCUCAGACGCUCGAACUCCAUAGUCUCAGUGAUUUCUCUCUCCUCCCAGUCCCAAUAUGCUCCGUCGUCCCUUUCCUCCGGUGGUUAUUACGGGCUUGGAGCAGCCUUCUCGCCAUCAAAUGCCGUGUCGGGUUUUUCGAGCAACAGAGUCGCGCCGAGAGCCCGUUCGUCAAACAGUGCAGUGCCGAACACGACCCAGAAAUAUCCACUGAUCAAGACUCUGAGCCAUCAGAACACGCAGUAUGCUUAUCCAACAGCGCCGGAAAACGCUCAUUCCGCCGCAAGCCAGUCACACUUUAAUGCGCAAUUUACAAACCACCCAGAGUACAUUCCAUUCACCCAACAGCAACAUCUAGAUGCCUAUUUCGAGGCCUCUCACUCCCCUCAAGAGACAUCUCACCCGUACGCUUUGACUAUGGAAGAACUCAAAAAACAGCAUGAUGACCUUAUACAGCAGCAUCACUCGUUGUUCUAUUCUUUUGGCCCCAUCGAGCAGGACCAUAUACCGCUGGCCCAAUAUGGCGCUCCAGUCACCAGUGUGUAUUCAUCUGCUCCGCUGGGCCAUCUGGAUAGCACGUUCACCGCCAAGUCCGCCAGUGACCCGUCAAAAACUCAAACUGGUCUGGAUCAAGAGAGUUUUGACCUAUACUCCUUCAUUGAUGGCGACGGUCACCGCAAUUGA